ACACAGCCCAAAUUCACACUUAGUCAUUGAAUAAGAUUGUAGUUUAGAGCUUAACUUUUUAAGCCACUGAUAUUUACUAAAAGUUUUAAGGCUCAAACGUUAUACAAGUGAAUUCAGUGUGUUAUGGCUAAGUGGUUAGAUUCAGGAGAUUUAGUCCCGUACGAUGAUCAAGUCGGAGGUCAUAAGUUUACUAAAGAAAAACCACUCUUAGGUUUGUUGAAACACAAAGAGGGUUAUAUUUUAAAAUCAGUCGAAGGAGGCACCAAAGGAAAAAACGAAGUAAAAUUCUAUGAAGAAUUGAAAAGUAACGAGAGUUUAUUAACCCUAAGACAACUGGUUCCAUCAUAUUUUGGAACCAUAACUUUGAAAGUCGAUUCAAAAGAUAUAAAAUUUAUAGUUUUGGACGAUAUAACUAGAAAAAUGAAAAAACCUUGCGUUAUGGACGUGAAGAUCGGUAUGCAAACGUGGGAACCGGGUUGUACAGAGAAAAAAAAGAAGGACGAAAACGCCAAGUAUAAAGAAUGUAAAGAACAAUGGAAUUUCUGCAUACCAGGGUUUCAAGUUUACGAUUUGUCGGAUCCUAAUUCGGAACAACUGCAUAAAUACGACAAAGAGUUUGGAAAAAGUUUAGAUCCAGGAAAAGUCGUAUCAGUUUUCAAGACAUUUUUAAACUACGACAGCAGUUAUCUAGGUUUGUCAAAAUUAGUUCAAGGCUUUACCAACCAACUAGAUACCAUACGAAGAUACUUUCAGAAUCAAAAAUAUCACCAUUUUUACUCUAGUUCAGUAUUGUUAGCAUACGAUGCAGAGACAUUAACAAACGACAAAGACAAAUUUCCCUUGUUGAGAGUUACGUUAAUUGAUUUUGCACACGUUACCCCAGCUAAUGGCCAAAUUGAUGUUAAUUAUUUACACGGAAUAAAUAAAUUAUGCACACUGUUUCGAACACAAUUGUUGCUUGACCAUUAAAUUUAGAUCUAGCGCAUUUAAAUAAAAAUAAGUAAAAUUCUUAUAAAUAUACAUUUUAAUAGAUUUGUUUAGAUGUGAAAUAAUCGUAUUUCACCUCAUUAUUUUGUUAAAUGAAAUUGAUAUUGUUAACAAUUUGUUAAUUACCAAAAAUAUGAAUUUUUUAACCUUAUUUAUUGU